AGCACCAAGACAGUCUCAACCAAACUGCCUGUAGCGCUUGUCAAAAGCCGGUCCCUUUUGAGUGUCGAAUAUGUCCUAACCAGAAUAUGUCACACAGUAGUUACGCUAUAUUUGUUUUGUUUUAUAACUAUAUUUAGCUUGGGUUUAUUGGUGUUGAUAUUUUAUCAGUUAUUGAUCAAACCCUCCGCCCUGCACAUCUCAUUGUUAAGACACCGAUCUGGAUUACUCGCCUCCACAGAUGUUUCAACUCUAAUAAUGCAAGAUGCAUGCUGAUGCUCAAGAGAUGGUGCUUGACUCCGCGUUACUCAUCAUUUUAAACUCGUCCACCUACUAAAACAACCACAAACAGUCGACAAUCGUUUGUAUUUUGGGGUAAAGAAUGACAGAAUAUAAGCUUGUGGUUGUGGGGGCUGGUGGCGUUGGGAAGAGCGCACUUACCAUCCAACUCAUCCAGAACCACUUUGUGGAUGAAUACGACCCAACCAUCGAGGACUCCUAUAGGAAACAGGUGGUGAUCGAUGGAGAGACGUGUCUACUUGACAUCUUGGACACUGCAGGUCAAGAGGAGUACAGCGCCAUGAGAGAUCAGUACAUGAGGACGGGAGAGGGAUUCCUCUGUGUCUUUGCCAUCAAUAAUACCAAGUCCUUUGAGGACAUUCAUCACUACAGAGAGCAGAUAAAAAGAGUCAAGGAUUCUGAGGACGUCCCCAUGGUCCUUGUUGGGAAUAAGUGUGAUCUUCCGUCCCGCACUGUGGACACCAAGCAGGCUCAGGAUUUAGCACGUAGCUACGGCAUACCAUUUAUAGAGACCUCAGCAAAGACAAGACAGAGAGUGGAAGAUGCCUUUUAUACUCUGGUACGGGAGAUCAGGCAAUACCGGCUGAGAAAACUCAGUAAAGAAGAAAAGACGCCCCGAUGCAUCAAGCUAAAAAAAUGUGCGUUGAUGUAAGAGAAGGGGCGUCGACGAUGCGUUUUACACGUUAGUCCGAGAAAUCCGGAAACACAAGGAGAAGAUGAGCAAGGAGGGCAAGAAAAAGAAAAAGAAGUCCAAGACAAAAUGUGUACUAAUGUGAAUGAGCCUUUUCCUGUCAUUAUAGACUCAAACGUUUCACAGCUGCAUUUUGUACAUUACACUAAAUUAUUAUUAGCCUUCUCAAAGUACAGAAUCGAUCCAUAUUUUACAUGCUUUUUAAAAAGAAAUAAGCUUUUAUUUCUUAUUUGGUGCCAGUUGCCUGAGAAGUGUUGGUUCCUUGACAACUUUUUUGGCUUGUUUUAUUGUUUGGGAUAUCAAUACAGGAUUUGCUUUUGUAUGUAGUUGAUCAGAUUUUCAGUAUGAAAUACAAAUCAAAGCCUGUUAAGAUACAAAAUGUCACACGACUUUACAGGGAAGUGAAACCUGAAACUUUAUUUCGGACCAACACUUCAGGGUUAAUUAUGAUAAACUUACCGGUGUGUAUGACCCUCCGAUCGGAGUUACAGAAUUCCAAAAGCGAUUUGCAUGUGAACUUCCAUUGUAGUAAGAGUAAUACACCCCCUAAAGCCAUGGUAAUGUAUAUAUGGUGAUAUUUUAACCUUGUUAACCUUUGUUUCCCUGUUUGCAUGCUGUGUUCUGUUUUUAAACUUCCAGAGAAUGGUUAACCAAUGUUUAUUACUGUUUAAAAAGCGCUGUUGUAAGUGUCGAGUGGGUUUUCACAGCUAAUCCAGACAGAUGCCAGACAGGCAAUGUGAUGAAUGUCAUGUUGUGUUUAUUUUUUUUUUUACUGAAUGCUCUGUUGGAUUAGCAAAUAAUUCCUCUUUGAGGUUCACUUGUACAAUAUUUUUCAUUCUGGUUUAAGGGGUAUGUACGAUCACAAACAUAAACACUGACAGGGUGAUCGGGACACAGCUAUUUAGUUAUUCGAGGGAAAGACGCUAUAUUUUUAUCUACUAUACAGUUUCCACCAAUCAGAAUAGAGUAUUCCAUUACAUGAGGGAAGCCCCUCCUCUUUGAGUAAAAUCCUUCUAGGACUUACGUUUGCAUUCAGAGAUGGAUUUUAAAAUGCGAUAAGACUUUGAUGUCUGAUUAUGUAAAAUUUCUUUACCUACCACUUUUAUUAGUUAUUGCAAAUGUAUGUUAAAAAGGAAAGCAAAAACAAAUUAUGCCUUGUUUGCUAAUGCUGCCAUGAAAAUGUUAAGCUGUUUUUAAAGGCCCAAUUAAUUUUUUAGCCAUCACUCAUACCAAAGAGAGUGAUUUAAAGAUUUGUUCUGUGUGGCAAUACUUGUGAUGUCAUAAAAUGAUGUCAUAUAAAGCAGAAUGUUGCUUUCAAACUGUUUUACCAUGUGUCCUUAACCAUUACUAGUUUUGCUUUUCGAUAAAUGUUCAUUUAACACAGUUUGACUGUAUUACUAAUACUGAAUAUAAAUGAAUGAAUUCUGCAAGGAUAUUGAAUCGGGUUGGUCUACUCUUAUGCAAAGUUUAACACAAUUUCAGUUCCCUUUAAAUCAAGUUAUUCCCAGUCUGUGAUGCAAGCAGCAAGGUUAUUAGAUAUUUUUUCAUGGUUCGUGCAUUGUUCUCUCUGUGUGCCAAUUGCAAAUGUUAAUAAAAUGGUUCACGUGUAUAUGGACCUUGUUUUAACAACCUUUCUAUGGUUGUGAUGAUAAAGAUGAAUAUUUUGUAAAUUGUGUUUUUUUCAGUUGAUGAAUGAAUGACAAUUGUGUUAACAUCUCUCAGAGAAAGUGCUGAUCAUAGAUUUACUUUUGCCUUGUUUUCUUGUGAAUAUUAUGAGAAAAGCUGUUCUCAGAUCAGCACGGUUUUAUAAAUGCAACCUGAACCUGUUUUUCCCAUUAAUCUCACCACUUUUAUUUAAUGUGUAAUUAAAAGUACAUAAUAUCCA